AUGGCGAUGAUGGUCGCCAUCGCGCGACGCGUCGACAUGCUCGCGCGCGCGAUCGUCCGCGCGGCGCGCGCGGCGCGAGGACGGACGCGCGGAACGUGUGCGCGACGCGGACGCGGCGUCGUGGACGCGCGCGCGCGGGAUGCGGAUGGAAAGACGCGAUGGCGAUGGACGUCGAGCGAGACGACGAUGAUGGCGACGACGACGACGACGACGACGACGACGACGACGACGACGACGCGGAUGAUGACGACGACAUCGCGAGGCACGCGCGUGGGUCGACGCGCGGGACGGGGGUGGGAAGACGAGCUCUACGACGAGGACGAGGACGAGGACCCGUGGGGCGACGACGACGACGACGACGACGCGUUCGACGACGCGUACGACGACGACGCGGAUGACGACGCGGAUGAUGACGCGUACGACGAGGAUGGGGUCGAAGCGAGCGCGCUGUCGCGAAAGGUGGGCGGGCCGAGGGUGCGAGACGAUUUACCGGCGCCGCCGAAGGGGGCGGACCUGACGCCGCCGAGACCCGUGACGCGGGACGACGUGACGAUUUCGUUCGCGCGAUCGGGCGGCGCGGGGGGACAAAACGUGAACAAGGUGAACACGAAGUGUGAUAUGCGAUUGAACGUCGCGGGCGCGGUCGCCGCGGGGUGGUUACCGCAGUGGUGCGCCGAUAGACUCGUCGUCGCGGAGCGGAACCGCGUCAACGGCGACGGCGAGCUCGUGGUGACGAGCACGCGACACCGAACGCAGAGUCAAAACGUGAACGACGCGUUGGAGAAGCUACAGAGUUACAUAAACCGCGCGGCGAAAGUUCCGGGGGCGACAUCGAACCAGAAGAAGAAGAAAACGCUCGAGCGGAACGUCGCCAGAGGGAACAAGAAGCGCCUCGAGAGUAAGAAACAGGCGAGCGAGAAGAAGAACGCGCGUCGAACGGGGAAGAACAUUCGAAACUUUGACGCGUAUUAA